AUGGCAGCUAAAACACGCGUUGCGCCACUAAAGCAACAAAGUCUCCCUCGGCUGGAACUCUGUGGCGCGCUAUUGCUCACUCGCCUUCUCCGAGCUGUUAAAGAAGGCUUGCAUCACAAGGAUAUAGUUGUGCAUGCUUGGUGCGAUUCCACGAUUGUCCUUUCGUGGCUGUCGCACACCCCAUCGAAGCUGAAGACCUUUAUUGCCAACCGUACUUCGGAGAUCCUAGAUGUCAUACCACGCAGCGCAUGGCAUCACGUUGGCUCAAAGGAUAACCCUGCCGAUUGCGCAUCGAGGGGAAUGCUAGCAGCCAAUCUCAUGAGCUUUGAGCUGUGGUGGAAGGGACCACAUUGGCUACACCUCGACGAUCUGCUUGCUUCAAAGCUGCGUAGUGGCAACAAUCUCACAACAAUUUUGGACACGCCCAUAACGGAUGGGCUGAAAUCUUCUUCACUAUCCAGCCGUGUUGAAUCUGAACCUGAAGCGUCCCCGAUUGAGUGUCUAUCGUUUCGAGUUUCUUCCUGGACCAAGCUGAUUCGCUGCACUGCUUAUGUUUUACGGUUUAUGCAUCGAGGAAUGAAGAAACGGAUUCCGUCAAGCCUCACACUCACGUUUGAGGAAGUCAGCGAGGCCCGCAUUUAUUGUCUAAGGCAGGCUCAAGGAAGCUUCUCAUCCGAUCUACACCUGUUGCAAAGGGGAAAAGCUGUGGCAAAUUCGUCAACACUUCGAACACUGUCACCCAUGGUUUGCAAGAAUGGCCUGCUUCGCGUAGGUGGGCGCCUCUCAAACUCGCUACUACCGGAGGAAGUCAAGCAUCCAAUUAUUCUGCCGAAACAUCAUCGCAUUUCUCUGCUUAUUUUGGAACACGAGCACAGGAUACAUCUUCAUCCAGGUGUGACAGCACUUUUCGUCAUCGUUCGCCAACAAUAUUGGAUAGUUGGCGCACGCAACAUGAUUCGUAAGCUUACACAUGCUUGUCUCAAAUGUUUUCGCCAACGCCACAAAACAACUGAUCAAUACAUGGCGGACUUGCCAGCUGUUCGGGUACGUCAAGCAUACCCAUUUGAAAAUACUGGGUGCGAUUAUGCCGGACCGCUUCUACUCAAGGUGCACAAGGGACGGAAUCCACGAAAGGAAAAGGGAUACAUUUGUCUAUUCGUCUGCCUAGUGACCUCUGCAAUUCACCUAGAGCUGGCUACAGAUCUCUCCACAGAUACCUUUCUUGCUGCACUUCGUCGUUUCAUCUCCCGUCGAGGCAAGUGUACCCACAUCUUCAGCGACAACGGUCGCAACUUCGUGGGAGCAAAGAAGGUGUUAGACGAAAUGUAUAAGCUCAUCCUAUCACAGCAGCAUAACACUCAAGUAACCCAAGCGUUGGCCAGCGAGGGUAUCAAAUGGAGUUUUAUACCACCGCACGCCCCCACUGGGGCGGAAAAUGGGAAUCAGCUGUUCGCUCCGUAA